AUGGCAUCUUCUUUGUUUAUAGACCUUGAUGGUCAACCUAUACCCGACAGCGAAAUUCUAGGAUAUGGAAGGUCCGGUGUCGUGAUGUUGCGUAAUGGGCUAGCCGUCAAGACGCCUUUAAGGCAUCCAUGGAGUACUGAGGAUGAUGUUCAGUUGAAUGUGGAGGUUAUUCAGCGAGAGCAAGAAGUCUACCGUCGAUUGAAUUCCACUGGGAGCGGAAAUGGUCAAAUUGAUGGUGUUGUGCCUUGUAUCGGCUUCUCCACGAAAGCUACUCAACUCGCCUACAUGGAAAACGGCGACCUUCGCGCCUACUUGGAAAAGAAUAAGCCAUCUCGGGCACUCCAGAUGUCAUGGUUUCGUCAAAUGGCACGUACACUGGAGCAGAUCCAUGAUAAGCGUGUGCUUGUGGCGGAUAUUGCUACUCGCAACUUCCUCCUUGAUUCUGAUCUCUCUGUCAAGCUGUGCGAUUUCACCGAAGCAUCUGUUCUCCCACUGGACACAGUUAUGGAAUUAGCCGACGAUAACGGGUUCUCAAUACAGACAGAUAUCGGACAACUUGGAGCAGUGAUGUACGAAGUUGUAACAGGGUCUAAGUGUGAUUUUGAUCUCUUCAAAGAUAACGCCCCCGAUGAUGGUCGAGCAAUUUGGCCCCAGCGAACGUCCCUUCCCAGCACAAACGGUCUGUGGGAUAUCGAGACUAUCGCAAGAUCCGUCGUCAGAAGAAUACCUGCUCGAAUCAGUCGUCGCCAAAACAAAGUAGACCGAGCUGCCCAAAUAUAUUCGCCAAUACAUCUUCCUCAAGAACUACAGCCGCUCUUAGAGCAGUGGAAAAGCCUCCCGCAGAAAUUUCCGCUCCGCCUGCCAGAGUCGCAAGAUUACGGUCAAGAGCUGCCAGUUAAGUCUCCGGAUGAGUUUGUUGCGAAAUCAUUCUUGUUCCUUUGUGGCAUUGAACGGGUUAUGAUCAUCGAGAAAGUACGUUGUCGACUAUGCUAUGUUGCAUUCUAUUUGAUGAAAGACCAACUUCAACGCGAUGGCUUCCGCCAGGACGCAAUAGUUUGUCUCUCUGACAUGAUCAAGCGUACUGAUAUGGUCAGCGCUGGAGAACAUGCGAUUCAGAGAAAGUUGCGUACCUGGGUGGAUAAGGGUGAGAGGCUUUGGCUGCUGUCCAUGGACCUUGAAGGUCCUGGGGUUCUGUUUCUUCUUCCUGAAGACAUCGGCGAGAACAUGUAA